AUGGCUACUACCCGAAGUCGUUUCAGACAAGUUGAUCAAGUGGAUGACCCUCCCCGACCUCUUCACUAUCAAGACGAACGUUGCAGAUGCAUUAAGGUCCAACAGGAUGAGGAUCCGGAGUUAAAAAGACUCAAGGACUAUCUGAGGGGUGACCCGGCGAACUAUACGCGGAAGGAAGUCAAGAAGAUCACAAAGGGUUCAGACCGAUAUGUUUUAUAUUCAAGAGACGUUCUUUAUCGUUUGGUUACGCCUACUCAGGAACAACCCAGGGACAACCGUUCUGAACUUCGCCUAGUUGUACCAGAAGCCUUGCGACUAGACAUCUUGCAUCACGAUCACGAAGAUUUCCAGAGUGGCCACCAAAGUAUUACGAGAACGUAUGAGAGUCUGUGGUCAGAGUUUUUCUGGACCGGGAUGUUCCCUGUUAAUGUACGGAUUGCACUUCCGCCAAGGGGCGACCUCCAAAUCCAACCCGAAAAUAUUGAACCGACUGGUCCGUUCGAAGUAGUGUCCAUGGACUUUGUCACACACACACACCUUCCAAAGACCGAACGUGGGAACACGUUCUUACUCUUGUUUCAAGAGAUGUUUACGGGCUUCGUUAUGUGGAAACCCAUGAGCAGUACCACUGCUCAGGACUGCGAGGACGUGGUGUUCAGGAACUAUGGUGCAAGUUCUGAAAAUCGUCACGACAGAGAUCCCAGGUUCAAGAGUCGGGUGUACCGUCGUUUCAGUGAGAUGAUGAGUAUUCAGCACAAGGCGACACUCGCUUAUCACCUUCAAGCCAAUGGCCAACAGGAUCGUUCGGGUCAGACAAUUAUGCACAGUAUCAGGGCGUAUGUUCAAGAACCCGACCAGACCGACAGAGACGACAACGCGGAGAAGAUUAUGCAUGCUAUGAAUAUGUGGUGA